CGGUUUAACGGCCGAUGAGAAACCUCAGCGGAAGCCAGAUCCGCAAUAGAGGCGGAGCUGAGACCGGUAGCAAGCACAAAAGUGCAGCUAGAGGCCCAGGGUGUCAGUAUUUGGAGGGAGGUUGACGUGUAGAAGUUAUGGCCACUGCGUCGAGUGUGUCUCCCUGCUCGCGAGCAAUGGGUCCCCUUGCCCGUCGGAGCCGCGAAUUCACGCCGGAAGAGCUGAAGGACACAGUUUACUGGGAGCGGCGACGCCGCAACAACGAAGCGGCGCGCAGGUCGCGCCAGAAGCGGCGCUACAGGGAGUUAGUGUUGGAGCAGCGGUUGUUGGAGCUACUGGAAGAGAACUGCCGGCUCAGGACUCACCUGUUGACGCUGCAACUGCCGUCGGACCCCCCCAUUGACAAGCAGCCAGAUACAGUGUUGUCGAUCGAUCUCUGCGAAGCAGUAGCCGAAUCAAGAAACUGGGGGAGGAAUCCUCCAGCAAAAUGAGUUUACUACUUAACGGUCCUCAUCUAUAUUCGCGUGCUCGCAUAAGGAUUUACCAGGGGCUUGAUAUACCAUCCUAAUACACUGUUUUACGCAAGCUUUAUCACAAAUCAUUUGUACGUGGAGGGGAACCUUAGUGAUUUCAACAAACAUGGCACAUUAAAGCGAACAAUUAACAGCAUUUAGUCUUAGUGGUGUGGCUAUUCCAACUUUUUGUGGAUAAUGACGGUCUUCCUCAAGCAUUGUUUGUAGAAUUGCUACAGUAUGGAAAGAAGCCAUUGGGGCCAAUAACUCCCCGCCGACCCUCGGACCAGCCCACCCAACCCCACCCCUCCAUAACCCACCUAAUCUGCAUAUCCUGUAAACAAUCGGCAAUUUAGCAUGGCUAAUUCACCUAGCCUGCACAUUUUUUAACUGUGGGAGAAAGCCCACUGAGAGAACGUGCAAACUCCACAUAGACAGUCGUCUGAGGGUGGAAUCGAAUCCGGGUUCCCGGCGCUGUGGAGCAGCAGUGCUAACCACUGAGUCACCGUGCCUUUGUUGACUUGGAAUCUAAAGUGCCCUAAAAUUGAACGCCAAGAUUCAUUCGCUCUGCUCUUAUGUAAGAUUUAAAAUAUUUGUUCCGGAAGAAAAUCUUUGCGGGUGAAUCCGCUUUCCAGCAACACGAGUAAAAUAACUUGUCCUCGCCUUUUGCGGUCUUCAUUCCUGUUCUUCGUGUUUUCAUUUUUUUUAGAAUAAAACAAAACACUGAUUUGGAAGCGUUUUAAAGCGAUAACGGAAAUAAUUUUUCUGUAAAUGCAAAACCCAUUUGUGACACUAGAUGGGGAGGCGUUACAUUUUACAAUUGCUGUCUGUAGAAGUCUGUAUUACAUGCUUCCAUUACUUUAGUAUUCCUUUGCAGAGAAAUACUAACGGGUCUUAGAAACUUUUUUUUAAUGUGAUUGUACAGAAUCUUUUGAAAUAUUUGUUGUAAACUUGAU